AUGGGCUCCUCAGCAUCCAAAGCUUCGCGCGCCGCCAACAUCGCAACUCGCGUCUACCCAGCGCGCGCCUCCCAAGCCGCCACCAAUGCCGUGAAACCCGCGCCCGCGGCCGGACGUGCUGCGCAGCCAGGACCUACAGUGCAGCCCCAGCCCAAGGCCAGUGAAACGCGCGACGAAGCAAUAAACCUCGACGCCGCCGACCCUGCCUUUGCCGCCCACCUCCGCAGCAUUGGCCCUGUCCAACCCAACCCGCACUACUCUCCGAGCUCGACCUCGCCUUUCGAUCCCCAGCGCCCGCCCGGCAGCUCCUCGACCUCACAGCCCACAGCAACUGGCCGCCGACCUGCCGAUUCAUCAAUCCCCGACUUCUCCACUGGGCCGAACCCGUUCGCGCCGCCCAUUGGCGCCAUGCCCAACCCCGCCACCAACCCCGCACUGGCGAUACUAGCGGCGAGAGAGAGGCUACAGGCAGAGGCGGAGAACGAGUUUGCUAACGUGGGAAGGCGAGGCGCGCCGGGAAGGCAGUUCUUGGAUGUCGGUAUAGUGAAGCAAAUGUUUAUCCUGAGGGACCAACGGGGAAAGAGCGAGGAAGAAAUUGAGAAGUUGCUCGGGUUGGAGAAAGGCAUGGUGAAGAAACUGGGUACCAAGGGUGUUUCGGAGGCUGUCUGAGCCAUGAGACGAUGAACGGACACAUACGACCAACUCACU